UUCAAAGGCUUCAGGUGUCUUUUAUUUUGAUAAACAUACUUCCGGUGCGAGUUUUACAUUACAUCCUGUAAAUCCUGUAGAUAAAAUCUAACGAUGCGCAGAAGAAAUAGUCGACAAUAGAUAUUUUUAAGGUGUGAUGCCUACAUAUAUUCACGAUGGAGGGUGGAACAGGAGUCUAUUACCAAGCAAUGCCUGCGGUGGGACCCGAUGGGAAAAAUGUCAUGAAGCUGAUUCCUGUCCAGAAAGUAAACGGACAAUUUUAUCAGACACCAUUUAGCACAGAAAGAGACAGUGUGGAUCUACAACUGAAAGCCUAUGCAAAACCGGUUCAUCCACCUGCCGCCUCUUUAUCUCAAACUCGGCUUCCUUCCCUUCAGCCCAUAUCAGAGGGACGGUAUGUCCUAAAAACUCUGCCGCAGGUCAGAACUGUAUCUAACUCCGUUAAAACUCCACACGAUGGCACGAAUGACCUCAUGAGUCACAAUCCGAAGCCAGUGCAUGUUCCUCUUUCAACACCCUCGCUUUCUCAGUAUUCAGUCCAGUUAUCUCCACAGCCCAAUGGACUGGGCAUGGCUGCGGUUCAAACGUUGCCGGUUACGGUUAAGUCGCCUGUUCUCCCAAACGGUCAUUUCCUGCAGAUCCCUCCGAAUGCGAAAGUUAGGACGCUGCCGGCCACUGCGCUCCCACAGUCCAUCAAAUGCCGGAUAAUGAACUCCGUGAGUAACACCCCUAACCCCCAAAAGGGUCCACCAACUGUUGUCCUGGUUUCCCCUGUGAACUCUGUGAAGCUUAAUUCUGACCAGCAAGUGGUUUCGGUUACAAAGCCAAGUCAAAUACAGAAGACCCUGUUUCAGAAUCCCACUGCAAACUUGCAAACACCUGUUUCCAUUUCUAAAACAAAUGAAGAAGGGAACACUCCCAUUAAAUGGGUCGUCCAGGAGAGAAUGGGUGCAUCCGGUCCUUGCCUUGUACCUGUAACGACACAGAAUGUCAACUCUGACACUGUAAAAGCAGUCAAGCAUAUCAACUCGGUCGGGACAGCAAAUGAAAUCGCACCAAACAAACCCACAUCUCCUCAGACCGGUCAAGAAAAGAUCACCCAAGGCAAAGACAACGCCCUGGUCAUGUGCAACGGGAAAGUCUAUUUUGUGGCUAAGAAAAAUUCGGAGAUCGCCAAGGAUGUGUUGAUCAGUGAAGGUGGGAAAAGAGGGGUUGUCAGCACCUCUCCUGCCCUGCCUGCUAGCUCCGCUCUUGGGACAAACUCUUCGAAGCAAGACCCAAAAAUAAAUUCUUCUAAGCAAGACCCAAAAAUGAAUGUAAGUGAAAUCAUUGAUCUCUGUGACGACGAUGAGGAGACGUCCACGUGUCUGGGAGGUGCCCCGGGAAAUUUGCCCACACCAAGUCAAACAGAGGUGGAUGAGAGCGAUGAAGACUCGAAUGUAAUAUUUGUUUCGUAUAUUCCACCCAAGUCAGAGACUCGUGCUGGUGAUAAAAUGGAGAAAGCUGCCUCUCAGAACAAAUGCGAGGAAGUUCGACACACGGAGGCGAACGCAAAGUCUGUUUCUCAGAACGAAGGGGAAAAAACGGCACAUACAGAAAUGGAAAAAAACGGUGGUACGGAUAAUCCUUCGACCAAAACGGGUGAUGCGAUGGUGAAUGAGCAGGUUGAGGAAAAUGAAACGGCUGAAAUUAACUUGAGUUGUCUUUCUGAUGAUGUGGAUAUGGAGGCCGAUAAAGACUUGGAGAGCAGAUGUUCAUCAAGAUGUCAAGAUAACGCAGUUAUCACUGAAACUGUCAGCAUUUUGGAACUGCCCCAAAAUAUCUGUGUUCAAGCCAUUGAUGAUACUGAAAAGGUCUUUGAAAAUUCAGCCUCUGAUCAGAGGAGUCAACCCAAGAGUGACUGUCAACUCAGAAAAGAAUUUGGCAUCACAUCUUAUAUAGAAAUUUGCUUGCAAAGAACAAAGCCAAUUGUGAAGCCGGAACAAGUGACAGAGAAAUUUAUCAUAAAUAAACGCACACUAGACGGCCUUCGUAAAGUGAUUCAGGAGUCAAAAUUGCAGUCAAAAAUACAGCAGAUGAUGCAGGUUCCCUAUACAAAAACGGAGGAGGAUGAAGGCCUGAAAGUCAAAAGAAUAAGGGCAGAGCAGGAUGGGAAUAAAGAUAUUCCCUCUCUAAACUCCACAGACAUUUCACCUGCCUCUAAAUGCUCAAUUGUUCUUGUGGAAGACAGUUCGGCUUGUCAAGAAGAGGUUCGUUCAUCAACAGAAUCUAAAGCCGAUAAGGUUUAUAUGCAAUCUGAAAUGCCAGCAGAUUGUACUGGUACCUCUGAACAAAAAGCAAAACAGACUCCUAGUCAUCCCUCAUCGCCUUCCUCUCAAAGAAAGACCUCAGCGCGGCCUAAAAAAGGUAAGGUGUGCACGGCCUGUCCUUGUGGGACCAUUUUAGGGGCUGCCGAAGUCACUUCAUCCCUCAGUUCACAAGACAGACCGAACCCAAGUACUGCUGUUGAGUCACACAAAGGGACAAGAAAAAACGCUUUAAAUAAAACCCCAGUGGAGAGUAGCCAACCUCAGAAUCGGGAACCAAAAAAUCAAGAUCCUGUUAAGAAACAAGGGAAAAAACGGUCAAGAAGUCCUCGUAAAGACAGAGUUCCGUUAGAAAGCUCUACUAGUGAAAUCUCCUCACCUAAUAGUUCAGUGAAUAGUACAUCAAGUGCUUCAUCUUCAUCCAGUUUCCAAGGCUGCAACAACCAGAUUGAACUGUCCUCAAUCAGAACAGACUAUGGUAAUGUGACAAGCAGCGAUGCAGGUGCUGAAACUUCACAGCAAGACGCCAACCAGGUGCAAACAGCGUCAUACAACCCAAACAUGUCGUUCUUGAAAAAACAGCAUGGUUCCAAAAUAGACAAAUUUCCAACAGAGUCACUGUACACGACAGAGACGCUGGAUGCUGAGGAGAUAAAACGGCGUGAGAGAAUCGAACGUUUGAAGGAUCUCCUUAAGGAGAAAGAGGCUGCGCUGGAGCGGAUGCAGAAGAGCAUGAACAAUUAGUCAUGUCUCUACGUUAUCAAAAACUGUACACAGCAUGACAAAUUAAAUACAACUGGGAAAACCACCAAUAAAUGUACAAGAAAAUUUGUAUAUAGUUUGUACACCAUGUUUAUUUACUGACUGUUUUUCCUUUUUAAUGUUUACCAGAUCUCAGUGUCAUGAUCUGUUUUAUUCCGUCUUUGGCUUACUAAGCAUUUUGUGUCGUUUGUCUUAUUUAUAGUUGACUGUAGUACAUUUAGGCAACUUAAGAUGCCAUCAUAUCAGUUUUGAUUUGUGCCUUUAUUAAUAUCUUGUUUUUUGUAGUUACGUGUAGUGUAAAAACCUCAUUUCAUAACAAAAAAAGCAAUUCAGUAAAUAAUUCAAUGCACUUUUUGAAACUGAAACGUUUUAAACUGAAGACCGCAGUAAAUGACAUGAACAUACAAGUUCAAUUCUAUUUUUAUAGUCGUCAAUGCCUAUUAAACUUUCUUAAAAUGUUGCUUGUAUUCUUGCUAUCUUGCUACCUUGCUAAAUUACUAAUUCAUGCUUUAGAUCCCUUGUAACUGUUUUGGUCAGUAUUGUAGUUGUUUACUUUUUAAAUUUGUAACCUCAAAAUGUACAAACCCAUGUUCAGCUUGAGUUGUCAUGCUGUAUUGGACUGCUUGUAACAAAAAACAUGUUGGAAAGUGUUAUCAGAUUCUUAAUGGUACAGAUUAUUUGAAAAUGACCAGACACUGGAUUUGCCAUUAACCUUUUAUUUGUAGUUAUGACAGCAUGUUUUGUGAUUCAACAAAGGUUCUGUUGUGUUAUUCAUAAGUAAUGGCCAUAUUACAUUAAAACCAAUCACCAAAAAAUCACUGUUUAUGUUAUGAAGCAUCAUACAAAAGCAAUAGUUUCUAAAUAAUAAUGCCACUGUACAAAUGUGGCAGCCACAGCGCAAUGCAUGUUCAAUAAC